AUGCUCACAAAGUAAGAAGGUUCAAGAGAGAGCACGACUGUCUCUUCCAGACCCACAGGACUGUGAGUAACGGCACAGCUAACAAGAUGAAUGGAGCUUUGGAUCAUUCAGACCAACCAGACCCAGAUGCCAUUAAGAUGUUUGUUGGACAGAUUCCCCGUUCAUGGUCGGAAAAAGAGUUAAAAGAACUUUUUGAGCCUUACGGAGCUGUCUACCAGAUUAAUGUUCUUCGAGACAGAAGUCAGAACCCUCCCCAAAGUAAAGGUUGUUGUUUCGUAACAUUUUAUACAAGAAAAGCUGCUCUUGAGGCACAGAAUGCACUGCACAAUAUUAAAACUUUACCUGGGAUGCAUCAUCCUAUUCAGAUGAAACCCGCAGAUAGUGAAAAGUCCAAUGCUGUGGAAGACAGAAAAUUGUUCAUAGGAAUGGUUUCGAAGAAGUGUAAUGAGAAUGAUAUCAGGGUGAUGUUUUCUCCGUUCGGCCAGAUAGAAGAAUGCCGAAUCCUUCGGGGACCUGAUGGGCUGAGCAGAGGCUGUGCGUUUGUCACAUUUUCUACAAGGGCAAUGGCACAGAAUGCAAUCAAAGCCAUGCACCAGUCUCAGACCAUGGAGGGCUGCUCUUCGCCAAUCGUGGUGAAGUUUGCUGAUACCCAAAAGGACAAAGAGCAGCGGCGUUUGCAGCAGCAGUUGGCACAGCAGAUGCAACAGCUCAAUACUGCCACUUGGGGAAACCUCACGGGUCUUGGAGGACUCACACCACAAUAUCUAGCUCUCCUGCAGCAAGCAACUUCCUCCAGUAACUUGGGUGCCUUCAGCGGCAUUCAGCAAAUGGCCGGCAUGAACGCUUUACAAUUACAGAAUUUGGCAACUUUAGCAGCUGCAGCAGCCGCCGCCCAAACCUCAGCUACUACCACCAAUGCAAAUCCUCUCUCCACAACGACUGGUGCUCUGGGAGCCCUCACAAGUCCCGUGGCUGCAUCAACUGCUAAUUCCACAGCUGGUGCAGCCAUGAAUUCUUUGACUUCUUUGGGUACUCUCCAAGGACUGGCUGGAGCCACCGUUGGACUGAAUAAUAUUAAUGCACUAGCAGGUACCGUAAACAGUAUGGCGGCCCUGAACGGAGGACUCGGCGCAACAGGCUUGACGAAUGGUACGGCCGGCACAAUGGACGCGCUCACCCAGGCCUACUCAGGAAUCCAGCAGUAUGCUGCCGCUGCGCUGCCCACCUUGUACAGCCAGAGCUUGUUGCAGCAGCAAAGUGCCGCGGGCAGCCAGAAGGAAGGUCCAGAAGGGGCAAACCUCUUUAUUUACCACCUCCCCCAGGAAUUUGGAGACCAGGACAUUCUGCAGAUGUUCAUGCCUUUUGGAAAUGUUAUCUCUGCUAAAGUCUUCAUUGACAAACAGACCAAUCUGAGCAAGUGCUUUGGUUUUGUUAGCUAUGACAAUCCAGUCUCUGCACAAGCUGCUAUCCAGGCUAUGAACGGCUUUCAGAUUGGCAUGAAACGCUUGAAGGUUCAGCUGAAACGCUCCAAAAAUGACAGCAAACCUUACUGAUCUUAACCCCAGAUGCUUACUGCUCUUAUUUUAGCUUUCUUAGGACAUCUCCAUGCCCGUUAGCCCAUCGUUUGCCUAGCAUGUCCCUGUGGCGUCUCAAAAAUAAAAAAGUUUCAUCGUCCCGUCAUUGUUUCUGAUGUCUUUCUGACCUCCUCACAUCAUAUUUGGUUCUCCUACUGACCUUUGAUCUAGUUUGACCUUUGAAAUUUGCAUGUGACCUCAUCUAGCUAUGAAUUCUGGGAAGUCAAUGUGAAAAAACAUUGCUGCAUUCACGCAAGACUGAAAUUUAUUAUUAGAUAA